UUUGAUUAAGAGUAUUUUUUUUUUAAUUUUGUACAUUGUUCAAAUUUUGAGUUAAAUCGUUUACAUUUGUAUCAAAAAAAAAUUUUUAAAAUGCAUUUCCAUAAAUAAAUAAAAAACAAAAAAAAAAAAUCAUAGAAAUUAAAAAAAAAAUUAUAAUAGAAAGAUUAAAAAAAAAAGUAAUAAUAAUAGAAAAAUUAAAAAGAAAUAAUAAUAGGAAAAAAAAUAAUAAUAAUAGAAAAAAAGUAAUAAUAAUAGAAAAAAUAAUAAACAAAUACAGUGCCAGCUCGCUAAUCCGAAUUAAUGAUUGCAUACCCUGAUUCGGAUUAACGAGAUAUUCGGAUUACUGGAUGUGCUGUUAUUAUGCUUAUAAUUCACUAUAUUCGAAAAUAAAACAAAAGCCAGGAUUUCAAAACAAAUUUAUUUUAUUUUUAUUAAUCAACAAUGAAAAAAUUAAAGAUUUUUAUAAAUACAUAUGUACAUAUGUAUGUAUGUAUUUACAUAUUACGUUUUUUUUUUAAGUAGAUAUUUAGUGAUGUAACUUUGCUUGUCUUUCAGUGCACAUGCUUCUAAAGCCUUGUUCCGCAAUUCUUUUAGCAUUAAUAUGUAAUCUGAUUGCAGACCUCGUUCCUUUGCCCAAUCUAUUGAAAUAUUUAAGACCUGCAGAGCUUCACGAUUUUUAACGUGUUUCGUAAUUAAAGACUGCACGAAGUAUUCUCAGAGUUCAUAAUCCAGCUAAGAACUUCAUCUUCAGAAAUAUGCACGUCAUUGUUGCGGUGAAAUAAGUUGGUUAUUGUGCGAAAUUCUUCUGUUUCUUCAACACGAUCAUUCUCUGGCAACUCUUGUUGUAACAAUGAUAGAGGGAUGUUAUCAUCUGAAGCCCACCUCUGAGAAUGAAUAUGCUUCCAACAAGACUUUAUAGAAGAAUUGGGCACCCUGUCCCAAGAUCGUUGAAGCAAUUCACAAGCGUGAGCUUACCAGUUCACACAAGAGAUCUUUUUUGUAAAACAGCUUAGUUAGUCGUAUCGCUCUGCUCGUUCUGAUCCAUGGGUUGAAUAAUACUAGUACAAUUUGGGGGUAAAAACAUAGUUUUAUAUUGCCCACAUUCAGAUACCAGCGACUCUCCAUGACACUUCGCAUUAUCCAGUAACAAUAAAGCUUUUUUGGGCAAAUUAUUUUCAAUUUGAUAGUCUUUUACCUGUGGUAUAAACGAUUUAAAAAACCAUUCAUUAAAAAUAUAUGUUGUCAUCCAUGCAUUUUUCGAUGCGUAAUAUUCAACAAUAUGGGCAUUUCUCCAAUGUCGAAUGCGACAUUCGUACGCAUUCAAAGUGAAAAAAAAACAUAUACCAAAACAUUAUUUUAUUUUGACAAAAGGCGAAAGCUAUAGCACUUGAUUAGCACUAUGAUUGGUGCUAAGGUUGAUUUUGGGAAAUUGUUCGUUUUCAAGAUGAUUACAAAAAAUCAAGCCAUUCGCAUGCGACAAAAACAGAAGUCGCUUUCAAAGCAAAAAAAUCAAACACUUUUUUCAGCGAAACCUGAAGAAAUAUAUUAAUGCGACUAAUUUUUAAAUGUUAUGCAUUGAUGUAUCUUAAUAAUGCUUUUUAUUUUAUUCAAAAAUAUUAAGUAGUUUAUUUUUUAUUUAAUUUUAAUCACUGUCGCACGCGACAUGUCACAUCCGACAUUUUGUUCCAUCAUACUUUUUAUGUUUAUUUUUUUACUUUUUAUGUAGUUAGACAUGCAAAAGAUGAUUAUAAAUGAUUUUUAAUUUAUUCAAUAUAUUUAUUUUCACAACCAAAUUAUAAACUUAACAAAAUAUCUUCAAUAAAGAAAAACAAAAAUAAGUAUAUUAAUCUUAUAUACAAUGUAAAAACAAAGAACGGAAACUAACUUAACUGAGAAUAGUAUUACUAAUGUCAAAUAAAGUUCUUUUAAUGGAAUAUGCCGCCCUAGCUGCUUCUAACUGUUGGCCAUCGCAACAAAACGAAUGCAACUGGGAUAUACCUGGAAUAUUUUUUACUUCCUUCCAUUUUUCGUCCAACUUAUAAUGAAGAGACAAAUUUUCAAUUUGAGCAGAUGGCAUAAAAUACAUUUUAAUUCAAUUUGUGUUGUUUUGUGCACAUUGAUAAAACGAUUGUGCAUCUGGUAAAACAACGUUUUUAGAUUUUAUUAUUUGCCACACUACAACUCCAUCAACGGCCCCCUUUCCGUGAGAACUGGCAUUACUAGUCAUUAACAUAAAGCGCUUAGCUACUAAUUUGUCUUCAAUUAUAAUGGCGUCUUUCUUUCCCGAAGCUUGCACACUAAUAUUAUCAUUCUGAUAAAAAGCAUUGAUGGCAUUAAUUAGGCUUUCUGGUACGGUUCUGCUGGAUUGGUUAACUUUUUUCUUUUCUUCAAACUGCUUAUAUUUUUUACCAGGACUUCAAGAACUUUUAGACUUCUGUGCAUGUCUUUUGGCAUCGCUUUCUCCACUUUUUUUAACAGCUUUCGCCAAGGUUUGUCUACAUUCGUUAGAUGCGUUUUGGCUUUCACGUGCAUAUGACAUUCCAUUUUUUAAGAGUUUUUGGCACCUCUCUCGUUGUCGUAUGCGAUUAUAUUUCCGUUUUUCUUGAAUUAUAUCUUCUUUGCCUUCAGCCAGUGCUCUCCACAUCUGUCUAGCUUUCCGCAUUCUUUCCUUGUUUCUUAAUUUAUAGUUUUGUAAUUUUGUUUCAUCAUCCUUUAACCUUUCUCUCCACCGUUUACAGUUCGCCUUAUUUUUCUCGCCGCCGUUUUUACUCAUCUACAUUCAAAAAUUUUAUAUUUUGUAUUUACAUAUACUAAUAAAGAUAUUUUCGAACGAAAAUUUAUUUUGAAUCUGUACAUUUUACACUUACGAUGUCGCACGCUACAAGCUUUAAAUAAGUAAAAAGAGCAAAGCGCUGAUUAUUUUCCAGCAAAGUUUUGUUUAUUUAAUUAGCAAUAAAAAUAUCUAUUUGCUACUAAUAUUUGAUGCAAAUUGUACAAAUACCUUCGACUCACUGAUAACAAAUGUUCUUUUUCAAUGUCGCACGCGACAUCGAGUUAUUCGGUAAAUCAAAGAAAAAAUUUACCGUAAUUGGCAAUCGCAUCGUUCCUUUUACAUUUUUCUUACAUUUUUUACAUAUAAACCGAGAUAUAAAAAAGCAAAUGUCACGGCAUAAUAUACAGUCGAACUUCUCUACAGUGAACUUCCAUAUAAUGAAGCUCUCCUUAUAAUGAACUGGUUUCGAAGACACUGCUUUUUCGUUCUACUUUCGGUGUAUUUUUGUCUCCUUAUAAUGAAUUUCUAUAUAGUGAAGUUUUCUAUAUAAUGAACAAAUUUUACAGCUGGAAAUUCAAGCGUCCUAAGUUUUUGUCUCCAUAUAGUGAUUUUUUUCAAAAGUUUUCUGUUGCAAAAAAUUACAGUUAGAUGUGGACAAACUGUAAUGAGGGGAAUCCCAAAAUUAAAACAGAAAUAGCUGAGCUAUUACAGUUUUAUUCAGUGAUUGAAGUUAAAAUGACGCAUCGAAGCAGCAUUUCGCUUGAAAAAAAUUUAUUAAUGAUUAACAAAGUUAAUGAAGGAAAGAAAAAAAAAAAGAUAUUGCCAAUGAAUUCGGAGUUCUUCCCAGCACUUAAUCAAAUAUUUUAAAAAAUAAGGAAGUGAUUUUAAAAACUGCGGAGGAUUUGGCAGUAAAUACCAAACGCAAAAGACUUCGACCUUGUCAUUUUGAGGAUAUUGACGAAGCAAUGCUGAAAUGGUUACUCGUUGCACGUGGUAAGAAUCUCCCUUUAUCUGGACCAUUAUUGAAGCAAAAGGCCAAAGAUUUUGCGGAAGCACUAGGACACCACGAAUUUGAGGCAAGUACAGGUUGGUUAGACAAGUUCAAAAGUCGGCAUGGCGUUAUUCAAAAGACAUUAUGUGGGGAAAGUGCUGACGCCAACAUAGAAAACCGUGAUGAAUGGGUAACGAACGUCUUACCGAAAUUAAUUGAAAAUUACGACAUUAACGACAUUUUUAAUGCCGACGAGACUGCUUUGUUUUUCAAAUGCUUGCCAACUAAAACACUGGCAUUCAAAAAUGAAAAAUGCUUUGGUGGGAAGCAAAGCAAGGAGAGAAUAACUGUCCUGGUGGGAAGCAAUAUGACUGGAUCAGAAAAGCUAAAAUUGCUGGUAAUCGGAAAGGCCAAAAAUCCGAGGUACUUCAAGGGAAUAAAAUCUUUAGGUGUCGAUUAUGAGUUUAACAAAAAAGCAUGGAUGACCAGUGAGAUUUCUACGAAAUGGAUUGUAAAACUCGACAAAAAAUUUUGUGAUCAAAACAGAAAGGUGUUGUUUUUUGUUGAUAACUGCACUGCCCACCCUAAAGAUGUGAGAGACAAGUUGAGACACAUUCAUAUCGCUUAUUUUCCUCCCAACAUGACUUCGUUACUGCAACCAAUGGACCAAGGCAUUAUCUACAACAUGAAACAACAUUACAGAAAACGAAUUUUAACGAAUAUACUGACUCAAGUGGAUGAGGGAAAUUCUGUUAUGGCCAUAGACUUGCUGCAAGCAGUUCGAAAUCUUAGCAAUAUAUGGAAUGUCUAUGUUAAACCAGAAACAGUUGCCAACUGUUUUAAAAAGGCUGGAUUUUCAAAAGAUGUUAUGCAGAUUCCAUUUGAGCAUUGGGAUGAAGAGGACCUUCUUUCAAUAUCGGAUUAGGCUGCUUUACAGUCUUCAUUUAAAAAAGUAGCAAAUAUCGAAGCAUCGUUUGAUGACUACGUAAAUGUUGAUAAUGGUGUGCAGACUUGGGACAAACCAUCCGAAGAAGAUAUUCUCAACAGCAUUUUUGAAAGUCGCGGAGUUCCAGCUGAACCUGAUAACGAUGAACACGAUUUGACCGUUGAAGAAUUGGCAGAAACUGAGGAGGCAUUACCUACGUUGAUACAAGCUGCUUCAUCCAUUAGCGUAAUUAGAGCCUUUGUGGAAAUGAGGAGUGACGUGCCGAUUAAUGUUUUCAACUCUCUACAUGAUUUGGAAGCUUUUAUUGAAAAUGAAAAAUGGAAGACUGUAAUUCAAACCAAACUCACUGAUUAUUUUAAAUAAAAUUACAUAAAAAAUCAAUGUUUCUUUAUAAUGAAGUUUCUAUAUAGUGAAGUGAUUUUCAGGUCCCGUGCGAAUUCACUAUAUGGAAGUUCGACUGUAUCUCAUCAAGAUCAUUAAUCAAAACAAAACAUGCAACAGAAAUGUUUAAAACGGAACUUUUGCACUGGUUCGACUUUGCAUUCGAAUAUUUCAAAAUGUGGUUUGUACAAAUGUCAAAUUUGUUUACAUUAGUUACAUUUGAUAAAUUCCCUAUAAAAAUAUGUUAAAACAACAUUAUUUUAUAGACUUUGAAUUUUUUGGCUUCGGUUGACAUUUCUGUGGAAAUGCCCAUAUGUUGUUUUUUAAACGAACGUGGAUUUUUUGAUUUCCCAACCACAGCAAUAUUAAGCUUGUGAGUUCCAGAUUUGUUAGCACAGCACAAGAAGGUUAUUCUAUCUUUGCUCAUUUUUGUACCAGAAGCAGACUUUUCUUUACAAUUCACUAAAGUUUUUUCUGGAAACAUUUUCCAAAAGAGUCCAGACUCAUCAACAUUGUAAAUUUGGUCGUCAAUCAGAUUUUCAGUCUCGAUAAUGUCAUAGAGCUUAUUUUGAAAAUCAGGUCUAGCAGAUAAGGAUUCGCCGCAUAUUUUCAAAGUUCGCACAGAAAAUCGCUUCUUAAAAUUUUGCAAUCAUCCGUCACUACCGUGAAAUGAUUGAUUCGGAUACACUUGGUCGUAAAAUUUCUGCUGAAAUGGUUUGAUGCCGUGACCGCUUCUCUUCAAACUAAGCAUACAACUUAAUCUCUAAUUCUUCAUUCUCUCCCGAUUUGAGUGUCUUGCGCUGUUUUUAAAAUUUGGCAUCAGAAUUCUCAGCAAAUCUUAUAAAAUAUGUAUGUACAGUAAUAUUUACAGAAUACAUUUUUUACACAGGUUUUUUACCUCUUAAUAUUUUCAGCAUUUCUUUUUAUGUCGCAAAUUGUUGAAGCUCCUACACCAAAUUUCUUUGCUAAAACUUUUCCUGAUUGUCCACGAUUUACUUCUUCUAUUAUUUUAAGCUUAUCAGCUAAUGACAGUGUUUUAUGUGCACGUUUGUUUGCCAUGUUAUUUAAAUUGAUGUUUUCGCGACUAAUACCACAACUAAACUAUUCGCAACAAGAUAAAUACACACUUACAUUCAUAGAAGGCUCUAUAUUUCAAUAAUGUCCCGUUAGUUUAAAAUUCCGUUCAUGGUUUUGUAAAAAAACAGACUCAAAAAUAAAACAACAAAAAUUCGGUUUAGCGAGCUUGCAACGAAUGCACGUAAUGCGUCAUAAAUUCCAUUCGGAUUACUGGAUAAUUCGGAUUACACACCUUCGGAUUAGCGAGCUGGCACUGUAAUAGAAAAAUAAAAAAAAUAGUAGAAAAUGAAAGAAAAAUUAAAAAAUGAAAUAAGUAAAAAAAAGAAAAAAAAAUAUAAAUACAAUAAAAAGAAUACAGCCAUGGACAGAUAAAUAGCACAAAUGUGAACCUUGAAGUUAAGUUUUUAGUACGAACUCUACUUUGAUCAAAUAAAUUUGUUUGUUUACAUUUAUUACCGUUAUUAGGCUUAGAUUUAUGCGAGGAAUUUACCGUUUGUUUUCGAUGGAAUUUUUUGCGUUCUAUUUUAUUUAUGCUUAUUGCUGUUUUGAAGUGGACACAAAAAUAGCACAUUUUAACUUGUGCAGCGGGGAGUAUAACUUUAAUAUUGUUUCAGUGAGUUUUAGUAUAAUUUUUUGUUUCUUAAAUAAAAUUUUAAAGUAAUUACUAAAAAUGGAACGUGGAAAACAUUGCACGAUGGAGAAAAAAGCUCUUAUAUACCGGAUGAGUCAAAACGGAAAAAGCUAUGCAGAAAUAGCUGAAAUGAUGAUGUGCCUCGGAAAAUGCUUUAUAAUGCUCUUAAUUCAGUUAAGAAAGAGUCAUCCUAUCUAAGCAAAAAAAAAACGGAAAGAAAACCAAAGCCGCGAAAAUCUGAUGUUAAUGUGGAUAGAGCUAUAAUACGCAAGAGCAAAGCAGAUCCUUUUAAGUAUCUGGAUAUACUCCAGAAUAAAAUGGAGCCAUUUGUGUUUGAGUUUAUACCGUUAAAUUGGACAUUUAUGCAGGAUGCAAAGACAGUGAAGCGAUGGCUCAGAAGAGAAAAAAUUAAGGCGGCGUAGAGCCCUGGUCUCAUUCCAAUAGAAAAUUGGAAAGAAAUGGAAUGACGUUAAGGUCAAAAUCCCUAACAAAAAUUUUAAAAAUUUUAAUGAUUUGUGGGCCGCAGUUGAGUAGGCUUGGUACUCGAUUCCAAAGGAAAGAUGGCACAAGCUUGUUGAAAGAAUGGAGCGACGGCUUGAAGAAGUAAUCAAAAACGGUAGAUAAGUACAAAAUACUAAUCUAGUAAAACAAUAUUAUUACUUAACUAUCUGAUUUGUUUACUAUUUUUGCUUUUAUUUAUAAUUUUUUACGAUGUGCUAUUUGUGUGUCCCGGAGGUUUCGUGAGUUAUCAACGUUCUCGUAAAUUAAAUCAGAACUGAAAUUCUUUUUGACCAAUUUUUUAUUUUAAACUGGAAGUAUAUACGUUUUUGAUUUUUUAUAAAAAAUAUAAAUAAAAUAAAAAAGAAUUUAAAUAUAAAAAAAUAUAAAUAAAAUAAAAUAAAAAAGUAUAAAUAAAAUAAAAUAAAAAAGUAUAAAUAAAAAUGUAUAAACAAAAUUAAAACAUUAACAAAAUGUAAAUAAAAUAAAAGUAUUAAAAAAAUAUAAAUAAAAUAAAAAUAUUAAAAAAAAAAUAAAUAAAAUAAAAAUAUUAAAAAAAUAUAAAUAAAAUAAAAAGAAAUAGUUAGAAAUUUUGCUGCUAUUAUUUUGGCCACCACUGUAUACAUGAUGAACUAUAUUCUUGGCUUGAACUUGUCAAAUUUUGUUUUUCGUUUACCGCCCUUACUUUAAAAAACUAAAAACACAAAACAGAUAUUCUGUUAUGUUAUCACACCAACUUUUCGCUAAUUGCUUUUUCAAAUAACUUGAAUUAUUUCUAAAUUAAUUGCCACUUACCUAAACUAUGUGCAACUGAUUUCAUUUUCAAUUCUUCCAUUAGAAUUUAAUGAGUCUCCGUAUUAUAUACAAUUAAGUCAUUUUCAAACAUAAAACUACGCCCCGCACAUCCGCACCCUUGUACAAAUAGCAAUAAAAUUUGCAGUUGAAGCUUAGCAUAUCCAUAUGUGUACAGAUAUAGAGGAGCUAUUAACUCAGUAAAUAAAGAAUUACAUAUAGACAUACUCGCCCUUGCAUACAUACACACAUAUUUACAUAUAUGACAACGGCGCACUUCCGCUGUGAAAGUAUUAGCUCUUUCGCUGACUCGCUUGCCGCCAGCUUCCAAUGUUGAAUAUGGGUAAAUACUUUUUAUGCUGUGCAAACAAACAAAUAUAGUCCUAAUGAGUUUACCAAAAUCCAAAUCCUAAAAAUCCUCAACGGAUUGCGCUUGAACGCCGCCGGAAGGCGUAUGAAAAAGCAUCGGGCGGCAAAAAGCGAGUAAGUGAGCAAAUCAGGCGGGUGCCUCAAUGUUACUUCGAAUAUUUGCCGCGAAAGGCUACUAGCAACUAAACCGAUUUCGAAGCAUUCAACCGAAUUGAAAUACCCAACUUAGUGAAACUGAAUUCAGCUUGCAGUUAUGUGCUCUUCAGUUGGCACUUGCUGCCUCCAACACAUACAAGCAAUGAGAACUGUUUACGGGGAAAUGGAAAUAUGUUCAUAUUUCAUCUUUAGCCAGCAAAAUAAUACGAAUACUAACUCGCUUCUCAGUUCACUGAUUGCAGUAAAUAAUUGAAAAGUUUCUCAAGUGUUAUUUUGCCACAACUUUUAUUUCCCAUUUUUACCGUGACUACUGCCAUUUGUGUAAAUCUGUUGCUGCUAAACUCAUUUAUUACUGCACCUCUUGAUGCUCUCUGCUCGAGAGCCACAAACAAACACUUCCUUCUGUUCUAUAUAUUUCUGCUUCCAAAGGACCUUACACUAAUUCGCACUUCUUCUGGUCCACUUGCCACAUUCACUGAGUGUCUAAUUUUAUUUAUACUGUGGCAAUUUAUGAGUGACUACUUGUGUUGGUAAUUUGUGUGUGUAUGUGCAGUGAGCAUUUCAAUUAAGCACUUUGCUUUCUCAGUUUUGAUACUUUUGGAACGUAGCUAGCGGUGAACAGUUUGCCAACAAUACUUAACAAGUCUCCCAAAAGUCUUCUAGCAAUGGUGUUCACACUAACCAAUGAAUUAUACAAGGAUUUGUAUCAUUUGCGCCAGUUUCAUUCACUUGUUUUAUGCUGUUUUUGAAUACUUCAUCUGAUAAGCACCAAUUUCUGUGCUCUGUUUUGUAGGUGAAAGUAAUCUAUUACUCGAUGACAGCAGAUUAGGUGCUCCCAGUGGCAUGGGACAUGGAAUUUUUGAAAAUGGAAAUGCUUGGCGGGGGUCCACGUUUAAGCCCCUGAGCGUUACAACAUUUUCUCUUUUUAACCCUUUCCAUCACUCCCUUUACUUCCUUUGUUUUUACUGCUUCAUUGACUUUAUUUCCGCUUCAUCACUAUCGUACUUCCUUUGACACAAUUUAUGUGUGUGCCUUUUCAGCGGCCUCUUGAUACUUACAAAGUGUAUGUCCCCCACCGCACCAUUUGUCCGGUUUGCUGCUUGAAAGCGUUAAACUAUUACCGCAAAUUAUGUAAAACUUUUAGUUGUGCGGAAUUUUCUUUUUUCCUUUUAUUUGUGGUCUUCUGCGCCUUGAUUCGGGGCUCUUGCCUGCCGCCACUUUGCGUGUUUCGUUUUACCUUUGCGUCGUCUUUGUCAGUUGCUUGUUCGGCGUUUUCGUCGGCAUCUCAUUUAAAUUCCAUAAGUUCUUUCUUGCAUCCCUACAGCUCAUUCGGGCUGUAUUUGGCGCCUCCUCAAUUUUCUUUUUGCGCAAUUUUCCACCUCUUAACUGUGAUUUUUUUUUUAAUUUUAUUUGUUUUCGUUUGCAAUCGCACAACAUUGUCGCCUUGGUGCUGAUUUUAUACUCUACAUGUUUGUCUUCACGUUGACUGUCACGUUUUUCCCGCUGAUAUACUACUUCCUUGCCUUUUCUGAUUUUCUUUAUUUACAUUUACACUUUAUUAUUAUUAUUUUUUUUAUUUCGUUUUCUAUAUAGUUGUUAUUUUUGUGUGUUUUCCACGCGCACUCCGACCGCUGGAGGCCUUUCGCCUUUCUGCUUUUUUACUUGCGUGCUUUUCACACUUGCCUCCUGCCACCUUUUAUUCUUACUUUUUUCUGUUGUUCAUGAAUUGUUGAAGUAUAUUCAGCUUCAUAACUCGGCAAUAAGUUUUGUGCGCUCGCCACUGGCGACUUUUGACGUCUACACUUGACUGUUUUUUUUCUUUGUUUUUCUGUAGUGUAUUUUACUUCAUUAUUUUCUCGCACUUGACUACCUUUUUCGCAACACUGCACUUUUCUUUGGCGCUGCUGGUGUCUUCUGCUUUCCCUUGAUGUGAAGCUGGUGUAUUUGCGAGCCAGCAUACGACUCUGUUGCUCUCAACUUGGGUGCAGAGGCUUGCCGUCGCUUGUUUCUAACAAAUUCAUUUCAUUGUUUUCUUUCUUGGAAUCUACACGUCAUCAGCAGACCACUUCACUUCGCUUCUAGUUCACACUUUAUGGUAUCUUUCCGACGCCCACUUUCAUUUACCUCAUUUCUUUCCUGUUUCGGUUUCACUGUCAUUGUUUUGCCACUCUUCGUUAACUUAUUUUCUUGCUUCUAAAUAACAACAGUUAUUAUACUUCGGUCUGGCUCUCCUCCCCUACUGCCAAAGAAACUUUUAGACUUACAUAGUAACUCAAUGGCCCACUUGUUUUAUACUUUCUCCUUGCCUUCUCCAAUCUUUUGGGUCGAAAGUAAACUUUUCCUUGUGUUUUCAUUCUUUACUAGCGCUCAUCCCGCUCCCUGCUUGACUCAGGAUCCCUUGUCUAUCCUCUCACUUUCUCACUCAAGUAAUCGUUCCGCUUUUUCGGAAAUGAGUAAAUUAGGUAAAUAAUUUGUGGUUUUCUACACAAAUUCCGAAAGUAAAGUAGGUGAGCGUGUUCGUCGCUGUGUGUUGCUGUUUUCGCAAUCUGUGGCAUACUUUAUUUUCAAAGUUUUUGAAAUUAUGUUUGACUAGAUUGGCUCUAACAUCAAGCACGUAAUGGUUUGCAGCGUUUUUUUCUCUUUUCAUUUGAAUGAAUGAAAAUGAGAUGUCCUUUACUCAUCACAGUACCUCAUCUCGUAGAGCUGUGAUGGGCUGAGCGUAUGUGAUUUUCUUCUGGCCGCAUCUGACCGAGAUGUCUCAACCUUUUUCGCGCUACAGCGUCACAUUCGAGAAGAAAGUGUGCUACGGUCCCUGUGGACUGUUCGCAGAAGCGAAAGGAGUCGGUGGACCAUAUUCAUCUAUCCUAGGUUUGCACUGCUGAACAGAAAGUCUUCAGCUACUGACUGGUUUUAAAUGAAAAUAUUUACACGAGAAUUCGGACAGGUUAGUUCAAUUACAAAUUCAGCUGGUUUGAAUGUAUAUGCCAUAGAUCUCGGAUUUUUUAUGGCAUGCUGCUGAAGUGACAGUGCUGCCAUUUUAUAAAUCGAGGUGGUUCCGGUAACAUAUAAUCGACUGUCGGGGGCUUAUCAUCUACGCUAGUUUGUUAUAUUUUUGCUUGAACUCAGCUAUGUAUUUAGUUUUUUAUAGUUGAAAUGAUAUUUAAAUUAGGAGUGUUUAGAUUUUCAUAUUUAAUUUAACAAAAAAAUAUUCUACCACUGCCGUAUUUGCUUAAUGUUGGCUUCAGAAUGCCCCCAGCACACCUACUGCCUCUUCUCGACUACAUGAAAAAAACACAAAAGCAAAAAAAAAAGUAAAUGCAAAAUUGUGGAAAGAAUGAGAGGCAAACAAGAACAAGAACAACAAAACUAGUUCCAACUCAUUGAUUGCAAUUUCACUGCCAAUUUCAAUUUGAAUAUGGCACAACAGCGAGAUCAGGUCGGGCAAAGAAUGGGCACGGCCAACCAGCAAGGGCAGUCGAUGACAAUACAUGCUAUGCUAUGGAGACAUAAAGAUAAUGGGAAUAAUAGGUCAUACAUACAAUCACACAUACACACAUGCGCAUACAUAUAAGAAGUCAUCUGGUGCAAGAACUUUUGUCAAUUUCUGUCACAAAAUGGCCUCAUCAAAAACAAUUUUCACCCAAUUUUGUAUUGAUUUACAUGUAUGUAUGUACAUAUACCCGUCCGUAUGUAUGCAGUUUGUAGUAAUUUUUUCCAUGUUCUUACGCGCCUCAAAGUAGUCUUUUAUCUCACUGGCUAUUCGCCCGCAUUUGCUUCUGCUUUCCUCAAUCUCUUUUUUUAGCAAUUCGCACAUAAAAGGAAACCUGAUUUUUUCCUUCCUUACAACCGCUCGCUUUUUCUCUCUACUGCCGAGUGUAUGCUUUGUAAAAGUUUAUUGUCAAUAACUGCGGGAAAAUUUAAACGCACGUAACUAUGCAUAUCUGAUAUUUAUCAUCGCUCUUUCAGUGAGUUGGUUUGUGUUUGUUUGCGCACUUUAUGAUAUUGCUGCUUCCGUACAGCAAUAACAAAUAAAAAUUCAUAAUUACUGUGCGAGUCCUGAGCAGGCUUUUCACUGUGCCUGAAGGUCGGUCUUACUCGGUUGGUGCUCCAGCGGCCGUAUACUGAGACAAUGCCAUACAAAAAAAAAAACUUGAAAUGCUUUCUUUUCAUUUUAGCACAAUAUAAUAAAUAUGGCCAUGCGCGUUGGAAAAUGUUUUUCUAAAGAAAUUAACUUCAUUCUAUGCAUAGAAAUUAACUGAAAGCUAAAAUGUAGCCUAUUUUUCGGCGAUCUAGCUCUGAAUAGUAAAUUAAAUUUUUGCAGGUGUACAAUGUUUAUCACCCCUUCGAACGUUUUGUUGUUUUUGUUUUGUAUAAUUUUAGGCGCGAUACCAGGUUUUCGCUGGGGUUUUGUUUAUACGGCGGCCAAAUACGAAUGGGUCAAAUGCGAAUGGAUUGGUGCAUGACUACCUUUCGGGACUGCGUAGGUUCGAAUCUCCGUGCACGAAAAUAAAAAAGCGGUAGCCCUCGGCAGGCAAUGCCAAAUCUUCGAGUGGGGAAAA